ACUCCCUUGGUGCUGGUGUAAUCUGGAAGCUACGUGCCAGUUUCAUAGCUUGUUGAACUUUGGAAGUGAAGUGUUUUUUUCCAGUGUUGGAUUGAUGUUGUUGCAGUUAUGUCAGAGGCCAUUCUCACCUUCCAGUACCAGCUCAAUGGAGUCAUGGAAACAGUCCUCAAAACCGCUGUGCAUGAGAUCACUCGGCUGGUGAAGGACAGCUUCCUGAAGGAAGUGACCGGGAGCAAGCGGGAAGUGGAAAUCUUGAAGGAGAGGCUGCAGCAGUGUGAGCAGAGAUGGAGGGACGGAGAGGAGGAGAGGAAGAGGAGGGAAGUUGAAGAGAGAGAGCAGAAAAAGAAGAGGGAAGAGAGAGCGCAGACAGGGAUGUGUAGGAGCUGUGGUUGUGCUGGAGACACUGAGGAGAGGGAAGAGGCUCUGUUAGGAGCAGAGGAAGGUUGUGUUAUCAAACAGGAGAUGUUCCAGUCAGGUGGACACAGCGCUCUUCCAGAGAGAGAGGGUCCACAGGAAAUGGCCACACCUAGCUCUUUCUGUGUCUCUGAAAGGAUGGACGAGAGUGAGGCCCAUGUGGUCCAUAUCAAAGAAGAGCCCAAUGACUGGGAGGAUCUGGUUACCCAGAUGGUCACAUCCACAGAUGCCUCCAUAGUGAGCCUGAGUCGUCUGCAGAGAUUGAGCUCACAUGCUGGGGCUUGGACCAGUGAGCCUCAGCCUCCACCUCCACUCCCAGCACCAUGGGCCAGUGAGCCUUUUCCUCCAGCACCAUGGGGCAGUGAGCCUCCACCUCUACCUCCAGCACCAUUGGCCAGGGAGCCUCCACUACCUCCCACACCAUGGAUCAUGAAGGAGCAGCUCCUACUUUCAAGGUCAGUGAUACCCACCCAGGGGACAGCGCAUGCUGUGGGGGCCCUCGAAAGCAUCAACACAACGGCACAGCUGAGGGUCAAACCCUUCAGCUGUCCACACUGUGGGAAGAGCUUCCCUCAGCUCCGAAACCUGAAAGACCACCAGAAGUACCACCACACAGGGAAGAAGGCCUUCACCUGCUCCCAGUGCGGUAUGGGCUUUGUGUACAUGUGCCACUUCAGGGUACACAUGCAGCGCCACAUGAGGGAGAGGGCAUUCAGCUGCUCUCAGUGUGGGAAGAGCUUCAGCCUUCAGAGCGGCUUGGAGAAACACAGGGUCCUUCACACUGCAGAGAGGCCUUACAACUGCACGGACUGUGGGAACAGAUUCUAUUCUAGAGCUGACCUGAAAAUACAUGAACAGAUUCAUGCAGCAAGGUAGACCUUUGAGAUGAAGCAGGUUGAUUUAGAAAAUCAGAGGGGGGGAAAUAACUGCCAACGUGUACUAUGUUCAAUGUAUCUAUAGUUGCUGAUUCAUUUAAUGUUGAGAGGAAUAAAACUUUGUAAAUAA